UGACAAACGGGAGGCGAUGGGGGUGGAGGGGAAUGGGGACGGGAAAUAGGUUCUGUGUGCUCUCCGGGGGUAUUGUGUCAGAAGAUGCAGGCUGGCUACCAUGUGACGCGGUCCAAAGCUGAAGGGAUUGGCCGAGGCAGCGCAGGCGGUGCAGCUCGGCCGGCUUGCCGUUCCUCUCCCUUUCUCUCAGCAUCUUCCUGGUAGCCUGCCUGUAGGUGAAGCAGCACCAGCAGCAUCCAUGGCCUGUCUUUUGGGUUAACACUUAUCUCCUUUGGCUUCGGCAGCGGACGCAAUAGACCUCAGCAGCCGCGUGGUGAGGACUUAGCUGGGACCUGGAAUCGUAUCCUCCUGUGUUUUUUCAGACUCCUUGGAAAUUAAGGAAUGCAAUUCUGCCACCAUGAUGGAAGGAUUGAAAAAACGUACAAGGAAGGCCUUUGGAAUACGGAAGAAAGAAAAGGACACUGAUUCUACAGGUUCACCAGAUAGAGAUGGAAUUCAGGGGAAAAAAAAGACCCAGAAGACUCAGCUUCUCCUCACCUCUUGCUUCUGGCUCAGAGCCCUCUCGUUAACUCUGUCUCAGAAGAAAAGCAAUGGAGCACCAAAUGGAUUUUAUGCGGAAAUUGAUUGGGAAAGAUAUAACUCACCUGAGCUGGAUGAAGAAGGCUACAGCAUCAGACCGGAGGAACCCGGCUCUACCAAAGGAAAGCACUUCUAUUCUUCGAGUGAAUCGGAAGAAGAAGAAGAAUCACAUAAGAAAUUUAAUAUCAAGAUUAAACCAUUGCAAUCUAAAGACAUUCUUAAGAAUGCUGCAACUGUAGAUGAAUUGAAGGCAUCAAUAGGCAACAUCGCACUUUCCCCAUCACCAGUGAGGAAAAGUCCGAGGCGCAGCCCGGGUGCAAUUAAAAGGAACUUAUCCAGUGAAGAAGUGGCAAGACCCAGGCGCUCCACACCAACUCCAGAACUUAUAAGCAAAAAGCCUCCUGAUGACACUACGGCCCUUGCUCCUCUCUUUGGCCCACCACUAGAAUCAGCUUUUGAUGAACAGAAGACAGAAGUUCUUUUAGACCAGCCUGAGAUAUGGGGUUCAGGCCAACCAAUUAAUCCCAGCAUGGAGUCGCCAAAGUUAACAAGGCCUUUUCCCACUGGAACACCUCCACCACUGCCUCCAAAAAAUGUACCAGCUACCCCACCCCGAACAGGAUCCCCUUUAACAAUUGGACCAGGAAAUGACCAGUCAGCCACAGAGAUCAAAAUUGAAAAACUACCAUCCAUCAAUGACUUGGACAGCAUUUUUGGGCCAGUAUUGUCCCCCAAGUCUGUUGCUGUUAAUGCUGAAGAAAAGUGGGUCCAUUUUUCUGAUACGUCCCCGGAACAUGUUACUCCGGAGUUGACUCCAAGGGAAAAAGUGGUGUCCCCACCAGCUACACCAGACAACCCAGCUGACUCCCCAGCUCCAGGCCCUCUCGGCCCCCCAGGUCCCAUGGGCCCCCCAGGGCCUCCCGGGCCUCCUCGCAAUGUACCAUCGCCGCUCAAUUUAGAAGAAGUCCAGAAGAAAGUCGCUGAGCAGACCUUCAUUAAAGAUGAUUACUUAGAAACAAUCUCAUCUCCUAAAGAUUUUGGGUUGGGACAAAGAGCAACUCCACCUCCCCCACCACCACCCACCUACAGGACUGUGGUUUCGUCCCCCGGACCUGGCUCGGGCCCUGGUACGGGGACCACCAGUGGUGCAUCAUCCCCUGCUCGACCAGCCACUCCUUUGGUUCCUUGCAGCAGUACCACUCCACCUCCACCCCCUCCCCGGCCUCCAUCCCGGCCAAAGCUACCACCAGGCAAGCCUGGAGUUGGAGAUGUGUCCAGACCUUUUAGCCCUCCCAUUCAUUCUUCCAGCCCUCCUCCAAUAGCACCCUUAGCGCGGGCUGAAAGCACUUCUUCAAUAUCGUCAACCAAUUCCUUGAGCGCAGCCACCACUCCCACAGUUGAGAAUGAACAGCCUUCCCUCGUUUGGUUUGACAGAGGAAAGUUUUAUUUGACUUUUGAAGGUUCUUCCAGGGGACCCAGCCCCCUAACCAUGGGAGCCCAGGACACUCUCCCUGUUGCAGCAGCAUUUACAGAAACAGUCAAUGCCUACUUCAAAGGAGCUGAUCCAAGCAAAUGUAUCGUUAAGAUUACUGGAGAAAUGGUGUUGUCAUUUCCUGCUGGCAUCACCAGACACUUUGCCAACAACCCAUCCCCAGCUGCUCUGACUUUUCGGGUGGUAAAUUUCAGCAGGUUAGAACACGUCCUGCCAAAUCCCCAACUUCUCUGCUGUGAUAAUACACAAAAUGAUGCCAAUACCAAGGAAUUCUGGGUAAACAUGCCAAAUUUGAUGACUCACCUAAAGAAAGUGUCUGAACAAAAACCCCAGGCUACAUAUUAUAACGUUGACAUGCUCAAAUAUCAGGUGUCUGCCCAGGGCAUUCAGUCCACGCCUCUGAACCUGGCAGUGAAUUGGCGAUGUGAACCUUCAAGCACUGACCUGCGCAUAGAUUACAAAUACAAUACAGAUGCAAUGACGACCGCUGUGGCCCUCAACAAUGUGCAGUUCCUGGUCCCCAUCGAUGGAGGAGUCACCAAGCUCCAGGCGGUGCUCCCACCAGCAGUCUGGAAUGCUGAACAACAGAGAAUAUUGUGGAAGAUUCCUGAUAUCUCUCAGAAGUCAGAAAAUGGAGGGGUGGGUUCUUUGUUGGCAAGAUUUCAGUUAUCUGAAGGCCCAAGCAAACCUUCUCCAUUGGUUGUGCAGUUCACAAGUGAAGGAAGCACCCUUUCUGGCUGUGACAUUGAACUUGUUGGAGCAGGGUAUCGAUUUUCACUCAUCAAGAAAAGGUUUGCUGCAGGAAAAUACUUGGCAGAUAACUAAUAAAAUCUUAUGCAAGGAUUUGGAGGAUUCAUAUAAUGGAGAACUGAUGUAUGAGAAACAGGUUUUAAUUUUGGUUUGAUGAAAACAAACCAAUAUCUGCACUUGGGAUAUAUCAGGUGGAAAGUCAAUGACUUUCAGCUGUGAUUUCCCUCACACAAUACCAUGAUGACCAGUCCUACAGUAUUUACUUCUAGGUGUAAUAUUGUUAAUGGUUUUAAAAUGUAAUUAUUGUAUUUGUAAAUUGUACUCUCAUUCCAGUAAAGCAGUUAGACACUUGAGUUUUAGCAUUUUACCAUUCCUGAAAUGGAUGUAAUUCAAACUGUGGUAUGUAAAUUUAAUAGUAGUAUUGUUGAAUGGCACAAUGCUUACAGAGGUAGAUUGCAUUUUGUCAAUAUAUAAAAUUUAAAUAUAAUAUUGAUAGCUGUCAUAAAGGGGGUGCCACACAUUAAAGAAACUUAAGUGGAACCAGAAGAAAAAGAAACAAACUUACUUUUCUUCAAUCCUUAGUAUGUUUUACUCUAGUGCUAAAUAAAAAUUCUAUCUUCAAAUGUUUAGUGGGUUAAAUUGAGAAACUAUUUCAGAAAAAAAUUCUAAGGUUACAGCAUAUUCAAAGAAAAGCAUUAGUUACCACUUUUUAAAAAGCUUUUUUUUCAAACUGCAAAUUUCAUAAAAAUGCAAACUGUGUAAACAGGGCCUCUUAUUUUUAUAACUUGUGUAAAAAGGGAAAGCAAUUCAUAUUUAAAGUUUAAGUAUAUUAAAUUAUAAUCAAGAGUAAAGAAGAUGUUGAAGUCUUAACUACUCGCCCCUCUCUACAGUUUAGCAAAUGUGGGGAUUGCUGAAUAAUCAGUCAGACUAAAACCAAAAUUGUGAUUUUAAGAUUUCAAGACUUUCCAUAGCUGAACUGGCUAACAACUUUUGCUUAAUUACUCUGAAUAGAUGAUCUUACUCAUCCAGUAUGGGGGAAUGAUACCCCGUGUCUUCCUCUUUCUCCACAGGAAAUCAAAACACUGAGACUGAGAAUUUUAGGGGAAAAAAAAGUCCCCUGUUUAGAUCCAGAAGGAUUUUAAUCAUUGUUUAUAUCAUUUGAGAAUGAAAAAAUAAGCUUUAUAAAUGAAAUUCUAUUCACAUUACUGUGUAAUAAAUUUCCUUUCAGAUGAUUAAGAUUCAUUGUAUAAAACUGUAAAUCUUUGCCAUUCUUGGAGAAGCAAGAGGAGAGUUACCAAAAAUGUAUGUCAUUUCAUCGUUGCAAGGUAUAAUAAAAACUGUAAUUAUUCAAUCUGGCCCCACCAUAUGAACAUUUAGAAAGACGAACUUCUUCGGGAGUCUCAAUUGUAAAACCUUCCCUCAUUCAGAUCUGAAAAUGUUAGUUUUCCUUUAAGUCCUAGAACUUAUUGAAACAUAAACCAAUUUCUAUUAUAGGUUAUGUUAUUAAAUAACUAUAAUUAUUAAGUUAUUAUUUUUAUAAUUAGUCGUUAAAUUUUCAUUUUAUAUCCACUCAAAUUUAACAAAGAAUCUUUAGCCCCUUUAAAUUUUAGAAUCAAAUUAAAUUUUCAAGGUCUUACUUCUAAAAUGAGAUUGUGACUGGCAAUUGUUUACAGUGCAACUUUUUAAAUUAAUCUUUGUACUCCUCUAUUAGUGCUUGCUACCAAAAGAAUGUUCCAGAUGAUUUGUUUUACCCUGGGAAAAUUCUUACUAUUCAACAAACUCUCAGUUGGCUCCCUAAAGCAGUCUGGUGUUGAAGUUUCUUUGAACAAACUAAUUAGUAUACUCAUUUUAUGUAAAGGUAUCCAAUUUGGUUUUGAAACCAAAAUAGAAAAUGCAAAAUUCUAAAUUCCAUGAAACAUGGAAUUUACGACACCAAAAUCAAUGGAGAGUAAGUAGCAGAAAACUGAGAAUUGUCCAGCAUAUGGAUAUAACAAUGUGUUUUUAAGUAAUCAAUUCAUUUAAAAAUUUGAAUAUUAAUACAAAGCAUAUUAAAAAACGUGUAAAUAUUA